UAGUGUCGUUAGUGGAAAUUAAAGAAGCAAUGAUUUGAUCAUAUAAUACAUGUGAAAAUGUUGUCCUACAAAUGCUUUAAUUCUAUAGCUAGGAAUGAGUGCACAUGAAGAGUGUAUAUAUAUGCACAUAUAAUGCCACUUUUGAUGUAAGAAUUAGAGUGCACAUGGAUUGUAAAGAAAAAGAAGAUAUUGGAAUAUUUUGAUGAGAUUUGUGAAGAGAGGAGAGAACGUGAUGAUAUGCCAUUUAACAAAAAUUUAACAAUUACUCUUUUGAACGUGAUUUGAGUAUGAAGGUGGUUAAGAGAAGAGAUCCGCUUAGGCGUAUUACAAUGGCUAAGGCUGUUAUUUCUGGUUUGCAGAGUGAUGGCACUGGUGUUUUGAUAAGGUUGUUGCGGUCUGAAAUGGUUUCAACGACGCCGGAGGUUGACGAGAGUAUUCCCCAUGGUGGCGGUCACCAUUGGACGAGUCUUGCUGUGCUUAGUAUUUGUGGUUGUGGCUUGUCGGUGAGCUUUACUUUGUCGUUAUUCAAUGCGAGUCUAGUUUUAAGGAUUUAUUGUUGCUUUCAUUAGAGUAGUUUCUUCUGAUAUGAUUUUAUGCGGUUAAUGAGUUUCAACCUGUGUGAGUUCAAUAUUUAGCAUAUGUAUAGAUUUUACCUUUGCGAUUCAUAUGCCUGAUUUUGAUAAUCUGACGGCUCUUGAUUGAUAUGUAUACUUUGCAAAACUGAAAGAAUUAGCCUAUGUUUGGAAACUUUGGCUCUAGCGGUGAAAAAUCACUAGCUUUUCAAACUCACGGUCGAAACUAAUUUGAACGCACGGUAGCGGUGUUUCACUUCGGUACCAAACAUAGGCCUAGUUAGUCUGAUUUUGUUGAUAUUCUGAUUUAUUGCUAAGUACCAUGAAAUAUAGAUGUUGUAUUGUUUCUGUUUUGUAUGCCUGUUAUCUCUUCUUUGAUUCUCUGAAAGGGCAUUUAAUUUCAUAAUUUGUAUGCCUGUUUUAUUUUUGCCAUUUUUUUCAAUUUUCAAUUUUGUGGGUUAUAGGCGGGUUUCUAUCGCUUUGAUUAACAAAACUUUAAACUAAAACAUAAAAACAAACUGAGAAGAAGAAGGAAAAUUAUAGACUAUAGUGGCAACCAGACCAACCCAUCCUCAUAACUUUAUUGAGUAAUUUAUAGUUUAUUACUUUUCAUUUAAUUUUACCACGGCUAUUUAAUUUUACAGGACUUGGAUUCUCUAGUUGGAGCAGGAGCAUUUGGUUGGAGCAUGAGUCUUUCAAACCCACAAAAAGUCAGGUUAAAAUCCUGAAAAUCAAGAAUACCUAAAGCAAAUGGGUGAGAAGACUUUUGUAUGCAUAAGAGAUGCAACAAUUGCCUACAUCAUGAACAAGAAAAAAAAUACAAAAAGCUUUUCAUGCCGUGCUUGUAGGGAUCAAAAGUUGGUCACCUUGCAGUCCCUGAUUUCAACCAUCUUUAUUCUAGAGACCCUUGUCAAGGCUGGUGUAAGGGUUCUAGCAUUUAGUGGUGAUCAAUAUUCUGUAAUUCCAUUUAUUGGGACAGAGUUCUUGAUAGAGGAAAUGGCCAAAAAAAUUGGAUUGGAAAUCACAAGGCCGCAUGAAUCUUGGUUUCAAGGAGUGCAGGUGGCAGGAUGGAUCCAAGUAUACGGGAAUAUUCUAACAUUUGCGACAAUAAAAGGCGCAGGUCAUAUUUAGCCGAUGCUUUUCCACCGGAGAGAACAUUUGUGAUGUGGAAGACAUUUUUGGAAGGAAAACCACUUCCAAUACUUGGGAAUAUUCUAACAUUUACGACAAUAAAAGGCGCGAGUCAUAUUCAGCCGAAGCUUUUCCACCGGAGAGAACAUUUGUGAUGUGGAAGACAUUUUUGGAAGGAAAACCACUUCGAAAGAGACCCCAUUCCAUUAUUAAAAAAAGAUAUUAGGAAAAAAAUACAAUUAUAUAACAUUAUUUAAGCAAAAAAUACAAUUAUGUAACAUUAUUUUUUUUAUUUUGAAUACAUUUGAUGUGAUUUUAAUGAAAUGUGUAUUGACUGGUAUUUUUUAUAAAUAUACCCUACUAAAAAUUGUAGUUGGCUGAUGGAUUUAGAACCUCUCCUGUGUCUUCUUUGCUGCUGCCCAUCUUGCCUUCAUCUACCAUUUAUUCAUGUUCUUUCUCUCUCUUCAAACCAACCUUGGCUGAUAAUACAAAAGUAACAUAGUAAUAAAAUAGUAAUUAUAGAAGCAAUUCAUAACUGGAU